AUGGUGAAGCUAUCCGCCGAGUUAAUCGAGCAGGCUGCUCAAUACACCAACCCGGUGAGAGACCGAGAGCUCGACCUGAGAGGUUAUAAAAUUCCAGUUUUGGAAAAUCUGGGAGCUACUCUGGACCAAUUCGACACUAUUGACUUUUCUGACAAUGAAAUCCGUAAAUUGGACGGAUUCCCGCUCCUGAAACGACUCAAAACUCUGCUGCUGAACAACAACAGGAUAUGUCGUUUCGGAGAGAACCUUGAGCAGUGCCUUCCCAGUCUUCGAGAACUCGUCCUGACCAACAACAACAUCCAGGAGCUGGGCGACUUGGAGCCGCUAGCGUCGGUCAAGACGUUGAGUCUGCUCAGUUUGCUGAGGAAUCCCGUGACCAACAAGAAGCACUACAGGCUCUACGUCAUCAACAAAAUCCCACAGAUCCGUGUGCUGGACUUUCAGAAGGUCAAGCUCAAGGAACGCCAGGAGGCGGAGAAAAUGUUCAAAGGCAAACGCGGCGCUCAGCUGGCGAAGGAUAUCGCCAAGCAGAGCAAAACGUUCACGCCCGGAAUGGCGGCGCAGCUGGAGAAGAAGAGGACGGGCCCGUCGCAAGCUGACGUCCAAGCCAUCAAGAACGCCAUCGCUAAAGCGACGUCUCUGGCUGAGGUGGAGCGCCUAAAAGGAUUGCUGCAGGCCGGACAAAUCCCGGGACGCGAAGCGACGCAAGAUGGAGCGGAGGAAGAAGAAGAGGAGGAGGAGGAAGAAGGGCGGACGGACGCUCAAGGGCGAGAGGAGAACAUGGAGGUGGACGCUCACCUCAACGGAUCGUGA